AUCAUCUGUGAGAAGGAAGAAAGAUGAGUAGGGCCACACAUGAGGAUUUCCCGGGUGGGAAAUGAGAGCCUGGCCGAGGCUGAGAGAAUCACUCUGUGGUUCCAGCUCAGUUGCUGUGUGAGGACCUCUGGCAGCUCCUGCCAGCAUGUGCAGACACAGAGAAGGCAGGGAGGUGGGCUGCCCAGCUUUGGUUUCUGCCAGGUAAGAGAGAAGCACAGAGUGCUAGGCAUAUUAGCAGCAGGUGAGCGAUGGAGUGGUGGCUGUGGUUGGGGAGAAGGGUGUGCAGGGAAGAGAAGGUGGAAGAGAGCUGGCGGACAGAAAGGAAGCAGAGGCCUAUUGUGAGGUCUGUGCAGGAUGGUGUCUGUGAAAUUCUGGGCUGUAUCUCCAGUGACUGAUACAUGCUUGGCACAGAGUUGUCACUCAGUGAAUAGUUGAAUAAAUGAGUUGAGGGCUCAAGAGGUCUCAGGUAGAAGACAUGGAAGGUGGGGGUGAUGGAGAGAGCCUUAAUGUUGGAGUCGCUGUGGUUGUGAUUUGGGAAAGGGGCAUUCCAGAGCCAGUGGUGUUCCCAUGGAGGGUGGCUGAAGGGAGCAGAAAGGCUGGAGUUGGGCAGGCAAUCCACAGGAAUACAUAGUUGCUAGUACAGGGGCACAGCACCUGGUCUUCAAGGAGAGAGAGGAUAGAUAGCACUUCUCAAACUGCGGCCCUUGGGCAUCUUGUAUCUGAAUCUGUAGAGGAGUGGUGGGCUUGUUGGAAGUGCUGAGCCCUGGGCCCACCCCAGCCUUUCGGGGAGAAAGUAAGCAGACCGGAGCAUCAAGGAGCAGGAGUAUUUACUGGAUGGUGGAGCAAUCAGCCCUUCCAAUGCCCAUUAGUCCCUGGGCAUGGUAGCUUCUAUUUAGGCUGGAGGUGGAUGAAGGAAAUUCAAGGAAAAGAUACUAGGGGUGGGAAAGGGCCAACACCAGGGAGAUUCAGCCAUGUGAGCGGGUGGCCAGAAGGAGGGGGCUUCAUUCUAGGAUGUAGCUUCUACUAGAAAGGAGACCCUGGCUGGGAAGUGGGACCUGAUCCUCUUCGGGAUGCUGGGGAGUGCCUAGACUGAGCACCCCCUCUGUGGAUGGUGGCUGUGUGACUCUGUACCUGGUUUCUUCUCUGCUUCCUUCUUGGGGCAGCAACACUUAGUAUAAGCUUGGUCCAGUCCCACACUUUUAGCCGGUCUCUCUUCUCAGUCUCCCAGACCCCUCAUGCUUAGUGCCUGACUGCCCUCCAUUGGCAUAGACCCUCCACUCCACACUCAACAGUCCUUCCUUCCACUCCCUCAGCACCACUUACCAGUCUUUACAUACUCAGAACCCCAACUUCUAGCCCUCUGUGUCCUCAGUCCUCUCUCAGCACCCCUCUACAGCCACUCUAUGAGCCCCUUAUUCUAACUGCAUCCAAUCCAGCCUCCACUCAGGGUCUUCAUUCUGUUUAUCCCUCCUGAUUCACCGCAGCGCUCAAUUCCCUUUACCCAAACUCCUAACCCCACCCGAGAGGACCCACUUCAGUUUCCUCCCCCAAGGGAACCCCCAGGCACCCCUCCCAGAGGCCGGCCAGUCCCAGGGCCCCCGUGCCCCCCCUGGUCGAGCCGGUCCCGCCCCAUCCCGGCGGGCUGAGUCAGGCGGCAGGAACUGGGCGGGGGGCGGCGCCAGGAGGAGCUGAAGCCCGAGCCGGAGUCGCUGGGAGCGAUCACGGAGCCCAGCUCGGCCAGCACCUAGUGGCCCUGGGCCUGUGGGGACACGGGCGGGAGGGCAAGCGCAGGGGGUGGGGAGCUGUCCUGGACCUACCAUGAGUGCCAAGAAGAGAGGGAGCCCCGCGCGGACUCAUUCCAUGAUGUCCCUGUCGGUGCGGCCGCAGCGCCGCCUGCUCAGCGCCCGGGUCAAUAGGAGCCAGUCCUUCGCAGGCGUCCUCGGCAGCCACGAGCGGGGGCCCAGGAGCUUCCCGGCCUUCAGCCCCCCGGGGCCCCCACGGAAGCCCCCAGCGCUCUCCCGAGUAUCCAGGAUGUUUGCAGUGGCGCACCCAGCCCCUAAGGUCCCGCAGCCUGAGCGGCUGGACCUGGUGUACACUGCGCUCAAGCAGGGCCUGACGGCCUAUUUGGAAGUGCACCAACAGGAGCAGGAGAAACUCCAGGGACAGAUUAGGGAGUCCAAGAGGAAUUCCCGCCUGGGCUUCCUGUAUGACUUGGACAAGCAAGUCAAGUCCAUUGAACGCUUCCUGCGACGGUUGGAGUUCCAUGCCAGCAAGAUUGACGAGCUAUAUGAGGCAUACUGUGUCCAGCGGCGUCUCCGGGAUGGUGCCUACAACAUGGUCCGUGCCUACAGCACUGGGUCUCCUGGGAGCCGUGAGGCCCGGGACAGCUUGGCCGAAGCCACUCGAGGGCAUCGCGAGUACACAGAGAGCAUGUGUCUGCUGGAGAGUGAGCUAGAGGCACAGCUGGGCGAGUUCCAUCUCCGGAUGAAAGGGCUGGCUGGCUUUGCCAGGCUGUGUGUGGGCGAUCAGUAUGAGAUCUGCAUGAAAUAUGGGCGGCAGCGCUGGAAACUACGGGGCCGAAUUGAGGGUAGUGGAAAGCAGGUGUGGGACAGUGAGGAAACCGUCUUUCUUCCUCUACUCACGGAAUUCCUGGCCAUCAAGGUGACAGAACUGAAGGGUCUGGCCAACCACGUGGUUGUAGGCAGUGUCUCCUGUGAGACCAAGGACCUGUUCGCUGCCCUGCCCCAAGUUGUGGCUGUGGACAUUAAUGACCUUGGCACCAUCAAGCUCAGCUUGGAAGUCACAUGGAGCCCAUUUGACAAGGAUGACCAGCCCUCAACUGCUUCCACUGUCAACAAGGCCUCCACAGUCACCAAGCGCUUCUCCACCUAUAGUCAGAGCCCACCAGACACGCCCUCACUUCGGGAACAGGCCUUUUAUAAUAUGCUGAGGCGGCAGGAGGAGCUAGAGAAUGGGACAGCAUGGUCCCUGUCAUCUGAAUCUUCAGACGACUCAUCCAGCCCUCAGCUCUCAGGCACUGCCCGCCAUUCUUCAGCCCCCAGGCCUCUGGUGCAGCAGCCUGAACCUCUGCCCAUUCAAGUCGCCUUCCGUAGGCCUGAGACCCCUGCCACUAGGCCCGUGGAUGAAGAGGGGGCCAUGGCCCCAGCUCUGGCCAAUGGGCAUGCCCCCUAUAGCCGGACUCUGAGCCACAUCAGUGAGGCCAGUGUGGAUGCUGCCUUGGCUGAGGCUGCAGUGGAGGCUCUGGGUCUAGAAAAUCUUGCUCAGGGACCUAGCCCGCCUGCAGACCCAGAUCCCACCCAUGGGGAGCAACCUGGUCCUGUCCCUCUUGCUGUGGACCCUUGCCGUUCUGCCACAAGCCCCACCCUCAGUACAACAGGCCCUGCUCACACAUCUACAGACCCUGCCCUAUCUGCACAUCUAGACUUGGUUCACAAGGUCACAGACUCUAGCUCUUCUGAAUUGCCAGGCCCCACCCACACCACUACAAGCUCUACCUACAAUGCCAUUAGCCCUAGCCGCAGUGCUUCAGGCGCCACUCACAUUACCACAGGUUCCACCCACAAGCCCACCGUCUCUACCCCCUCGACUACAGGCUCUACCGCCAGUGCCGCAACCCCAGCCCAGACCACCACAAGCCCCACCGACGAAGCAAUGCUUUCCACCCUCACUACUGUAGGUCCUACCCCCAAUACAGGCCCUGUCCAGACCACCACAAGCUCUACCCACACUACCGCAAGCCCUACCCAUACUACUGCAAGCCUCACCCAUACCACCAUAAGCCCCACCCACACUACUGCAAGCCCCACCCAUGCCACUACAAGCCCCACCCACACUACUGCAAGCCACGCCCAUAUCACUAUAAGCCCCACCCACACUACUCCAAGCCCCCCCCAUACCACUGAAAGUCCCCCUCAUACCACUACAAGCCCUACUCACAAAGACAAGUUGUCAACUCACACCACUACAAGUCCUACCCCCAAAGCUAAGGGCCCAGUCCAGACCACCAGAAGCCCCACCCAUCCUGUCACAAGCCCCACCCUGAUAACUGUAAGCUCUUCCACUUCUCUAGGCCAUGCUGUGCUUCCCAGUCCCUCUGCAAAUACAGAUCCUACCCUCCCAGGCCCCCACACCCUGUCCUGCAGCUACCCAGCCUCCACUCCUUGCACUCAAGCAGAGCCCAUAGUCCCCAGCACCUCCUACCCAAGUCCUGCCUGUUCCAGUUGGGAACCCCUCACAAGUCCUUCUCCAGACCCCCCAGAGCCCAUCCUUCAGAGCCCAUGUCCCCCUCCCUCACCUCUAGCCCCUGUGGCCCAGCAUUUAGACUGUAGCCCCACCAUCGCCACCUGGGCCCCAGUUCCAGUGGCAGCUGGAGGAGCUGGGGGUAGGAGGCUGGAAGAGGCCCUGGGGGCCCUAAUGGCUGCCCUGGAUGACUAUCGUGGCCAGUUCCCUGAGCUGCAGGGCCUGGAGCAGGAGGUGACCCGGCUGGAGAGUCUGCUCAUGCAGAGACAAGGUCUGACUCGCAGCCGGGCCUCUAGCCUUAGUAUCACUGUGGAGCAUGCCCUGGAGAGCUUCAGCUUCCUCAACGAGGAUGAAGAUGAAGACAUGGAUGGUCCUGCAGACAGGCCCCCAGACAGCCUGGAGCCUGGGGCAGAGGACAGCCUCGACUUACCCUGUGCCCGCCCCCUCAGCACAGAGUGUCCAGCUCUGGACGCUGCCUUGGUCCAGCACCUGUACCACUGCAGCCGCCUCCUGCUGAAACUGGGCACAUUUGGGCCCUUGCGCUGCCAGGAGGCAUGGGCCCUGGAGCGGCUGCUGAGGGAGGCCAGAGUGCUGGAGGCCGUAUGUGAGCUUAGCAGGCGAUGGGAAAUCCCUGCCACCUCUGCCCAGGAAGUGGUGCAGUUCUCAGCCUCCCGGCCCGGCUUCCUGACCUUCUGGGACCAGUGCACAGAGGGACUCAGCCCUUUCAUCUGCCCUGUGGAGCGAGUGCUCCUCACCUUCUGCAAUCAGUACAGUGCCCGCCUCUCCCUGCGCCAGCAAGGCCUGGCUGAGGCUGUGUGUGUCAAGUUCCUGGAGGAUGCCCUGGGGCAGAAGCUGCCCAGGAGGCCCCAGCCAGGGCCUGGAGAGCAGUUCACGGUCUUCCAGUUCUGGAGUUACGUCGAAGCAUUGGAUAGCCCCUCUAUGGAGGCCUAUGUGACUGAAACCGCUGAGGAGGUGUUACUGGUGCGGAAUUUGAACUCAGAUGACCAAGCUGUUGUGCUGAAGGCCCUGAGGUUGGCACCUGAGGGGCGGCUGCGAAGGGAUGGGCUUCGGGCCCUCAGCUCCCUGCUGGUCCAUGGCAACAACAAGGUCAUGGCUGCUGUCAGCACCCAGCUUCGGAGCCUGUCACUGGGCCCUAUCUUUCGGGAACGGGCCCUCCUGUGCUUCCUGGACCAACUCGAGGAUGAAGAUGUACAGACGAGAGUGGCUGGCUGCCUGGCCCUGGGCUGCAUCAAGGCUCCUGAGGGCAUUGAGCCCCUGGUGUACCUGUGCCAAACGGACACAGAAGCCGUGAGGGAAGCUGCUCGGCAGAGCCUGCAACAGUGUGGGGAAGAGGGACAGUCUGCCCAUCGACGGCUGGAGGAAUCACUGGACGCCCUGCCCCGCAUCUUCGGGCCUGGCAGCAUGGCCAGCACAGCUUUCUAAAUUCCCUACCCGCUGGCUUCCAGUGCCCCUUCCCCUCACUUCCAGGGCUUACCAGGCACUGGCAGGGAGGGUGAGGGCUGGCUCCAGAUACCUCUCCCCCUCCAGAUUCCCAUCAAUGAAAAUCUAAUAUAUUCUUCUGUUGCCCUUGGGUUGGUAGAGUCAGUGCCUGCAGUCAAGUGCCUCCCAGCCUCGGCUCAGCACACUUGCCACAAAUCAGUGUCCCACCACAUCCCUUGGUUUUAUAUUUUAUUUACAGAGUUUUACAGAAAAUAAAAAAGCAAAAUGCCUUUCCUACA